AGCCUAUGCAGGUGUAAAUAACUCCUGUAAUGACUACAUCUCCCACCUACACACGCCGUUAUUAAAGAAUACUGGAAAGGUUUUAUCGGAAAAACAACAACAUCCAAUCAUACAAGCUAAAGGGCGGCAACCAUAAUGUGUUGUCCAAUGAGGGACCAUAUUGAAGGCCGUAGGCGGGUUGAGGAAUCCGCCAGUCCUUUUCAGAACGGGGGGAGAGCAUCACAGAGAAAGCGCUCUCUAGCUUCGGAUACCGUGUACGACUCGGACGAAUUCACAUCCCAACAUCAACCAGAACAGGGGUCAGCGGACCAACGCAUACAACCUGGGAUAUUGGGGGAUUACAUUUUUACAAAAUUGAUUCCUCUGGACAUUUCCUUCGUCGAAAGAAGACUUCAUCAAAUUGACUUCAUAGACACAGAAUCAUUACGCUGAAGAAGAGCCUAGAGGACUGGGAUGAAGACUCCGGAGGAGCCGCCCUACCUGACAGUGGGCACUGAUGUCAGCGCCAAGUACAGAGGUGCUUUCUGUGAGGCCAAGAUCAAGACUGCCAAGAGACUGGUCAAGGCCAAGGUGACCUUUAAACCAGACCUGACCACAGUGGAGGUCCAUGAUGACAGCAUCCAAGGCCCACUAAAGGUUGGUGCUGUAGUAGAGGUGAAGAAUCCUGAUGGAGUGUACCAGGAAGCCUCCAUCAACAAGCUGACAGACUGCAGUAUAUACACUGUUGUGUUUGAUGAUGGUGAUGAGAAGACACUGAGGCGUUCCUCUCUCUGCCUGAAAGGAGCACGUCACUAUGCAGAGAGCGAGACACUAGAUCGCCUUCCUCUCACCAACCCUGAGCACUUUGGCACUCCUGUCAUCGGCAGGAAGGGGAACCGAGGACGCAGGUCCAAUCCAGUUCAGGAGGAGGAGCCAUCUUCGUCGUCCAGUGAAGAGGAGGAGAGUGACGGGAGACAGAAUGAAGAGCUGUUUGGGAAGGUGGUGUGUGUUGAGGGGGGUUCUGCCUCUACUGGAGACUGGAAGAACAAGACCACAGCGUGGUACCCUGCCCUGGUCAUCACCCCAGACUGCCAUGAAGAGGCCAUCAUAAAGAAAGACAGUAUCUUCAUCCGCUCCUUCAAGGAUGGAAAAUUUAACACAGUGCUGAGGAAGGACGUGAGGGUGAUGGACACAGACUCCCCCCCUAAUGCUGACGCAGGGCUCAAACCAGCGCUGGAUGAGGCUCUGGAGUUUGUGCAUCAGGCGGCAGUGCCCAGCUCCUGGAGGACAGAGGUGAAGGACGAGAGUUCCAGCAGUGAGGAAGAUGAUGAUGAUGAUGAGGAAGAACAGGAGGAAGAAGCCAGCGAUGAAGAGGAGGAGGAAGUGGAGCCCUUCCCUGAGGAGAGAGAGAACUUCUUGCAGCAGCUAUACAAGUUCAUGGAGGACAGAGGAACCCCCAUCAACAAGAAACCAGUGCUGGGCUACAGGAACCUGGACCUCUUCAAGCUCUACAGACUGGUGCAGAAACUCGGAGGCUUCCAUGAUAUUGAGAGUGGAUCCGAAUGGAAGACUGUCUACCAGGCUCUGGGAAUCCCUGUGCUUAACUCUGCCGCCGGCUACAACGUCAAAUGUGCUUACCGCAAGUACCUGUAUGGGUUUGAGGAAUACUGCACCUCCUGCGUCAUCACUUUCCGUAUGGACCUACCCCUGAAGCAGCCCAAGGCGGAGGGGGAGAGUGGGGAGGCAUGGUCAGGGGGAGCCGUCCCCCCUGUAGCCUCCUCCAGCUGUGGAGAGGAACAGAAGCAGAAUGUAUCUGAGAAAUCCUCCGCGCGCUCAGAGACCAGCAGCGCUCAGCCUGACAUCUACAAGGAGGAGAAGACUGAGCUGACCAAGGACAAACCUGAGGCUGAACCUUUGAAGACUGUGCAGCGGAAGGCUGAAAGGGAAGGUGAUGAUGACAAUGAGGAAGAAGAUGAUUAUCACAAGCAUGAGUCUGAUGAUGAAGACUGGCCUUCAUUUGCUCGCCUCAGAGUGAAGCUGGAACCUUACGAUGAGGAACAGGAGGAAGGGAAGGAGGAGGACAUCUCUGGCUCUGGGGAUGAGAGCUGCAGUCGGGAGGGCGAUGGUGGUGAUGAGGAUCUGGGGGAGGAAGGGGAGGAGUUUGAGUGUUACCCCCCGGGGAUGAAGGUGCAGGUGAGGUAUGGGCGCGGUCGCAGCCUGAAGACGUACCAGGCCACUGUGAAAGAGGCUGACGUGGAGGGGGGAGAGGUGCUCUACCUGGUUCACUACUGUGGCUGGAACAUCAGAUAUGACGAGUGGGUCGAAGCCGACAAGAUUGUCCGUCCGGCCAAUAAGAAUGUUCAGAAGAUCAAGCAUCGCAAGAAAAUAAAGAACAAAGCGGAGAGAGAGCGCAACCGCCUGGAACGACUGAACCAGGACCUGGGGAGUCCGUCCCCCAACAACCUACGUGCCCCCCGCCCCUCCUCCAAACUCCUCUGCCCUGGCUAUGGCUCAUGUCCCGGCUUGGCCCACCAUGUCUUCUCCGAGAUGGAGGACGCCUCAGAUAGUUCAACAGAUGACAUUGAUCACCAGGAUGAGGAGGGUGAUUGUGAAGACGAAGAUGACCGUCCAGGGGGGCGCUGCGGUCUCAGAAAGGGGGGUACCCCAGAACAUCUCAGAAAGGGGGGUACCCCAGAACAUCUCAGAAAGGGGGGUACCCCAGAACAUGUCAGAAAGGGGGGUACCCCAGAACAUCUCAGAAAGGGGGGUACCCCAGAACAUGUCAGAAAGGGGGGUACCCCAGAACAUCUCAGAAAGGGGGGUACCCCAGAACAUCUCAGAAAGGGGGGUACCCCAGAACAUGUCAGAAAGGGGGGUACCCCAGAACAUCUCAGAAAGGGGGGUACCCCAGAACAUCUCAGAAAGGGGGUUCCGCCCGAACCACCUCACGCAUUAGACCACUGGGAGGGUGCCACCUUUACCGAUGUCCCCAAAACCCGAUUGAUCGCAGGAAAUGGCCAAGAACCAAUCAACAAAGAUGCCCCGGAGGCGGUGAAAUGGCGAAGCCAACCAGUGUUUGAGGGUGAGAGGGAGGGGCCGGGUAGCUCUGCCUCGAGGAAGAGGAAGUCAGAGGGAGCAACCCGGGAGCGGUCGGAACGCACCCCUAAAGGACCCCCGUCCGAAACCAAGCUCCCCACCCGGAGCAUCAGGAACGCUGACUGGCUGUCGAGAGACCCCAGGAAGGCCAGGGAGAGAGGAGGAGGAGGAGGAGGGCCAGGGGAGGAGAGAGGAGGAGGAAGAGGGCCAGGGGAGGAGAGAGGAGGAGGAAGGCCAGGGGAGGAGAGAGGCGGACCAGCAGGAGGAGGCUCUUCUAGUAGCAGCUCUGACGAUGAGGGAGGAGCACCACCUCCCACUGAUCCCAACCAAUCAGAGACCAACCGAGAGAGAGAGCAACCCAGUUCCUGUCCAAAAUCCAAACGUUCCCCCUCCAAGAAGUACAACGGCAUGAAGGACAAGACCGACAAAAGAGGCGGGAGUGGCAGUGGCGCCCGCCCUGCGGGAUUCUGGGAUAUUCCUGAGAAGAGGGUCAAGAUGGCUGCUACAGCGGAUGAGCGGGAGAGGAAGGUGGGUGGGGGGCGCACCAAGGGCCAGAAGGAUGUGUGGUCCAGUAUUCAGGCCCAGUGGCCCAAGAAGACCCUGAAGGAGCUGUUCUCUGACUCCGACACAGAGGCUGCUAACUCCCCUCCUCCUCCUGGAACGGCGCAGUCCUUCUCAUCAGGCCUGGAGGAGAGGGAGAGCAAGGGGGAGCGGAACGGGGAUGGAGACGAGGCAGGAGGAGGCCCGGAGAGGGAGGACCCUGUGACCUCAGAGGAGAACCAGGAGAAGGAGAGGAGGAGUGAGCAGGAGGAGUUACCCCCCAGCGGCUCUAACUCAGUACUCAACACCCCUCCUACAACCCCAGAGUCCCCCUCCAUGGAGGGUAUUAGUAGUGGAGCCAUUGCGCAAAGCUCUGGAACUGGUUCAAACUGGACUCAGCCUUCCUCUCCUCCCCUCUCCACAGGGACCCCUACACUGUGUAAAACCCCCUCCUCUGACCCCCUGACUCCAGGAUACCCCAACCCCCUGACUCCAGGAUACCCCAACCCCCUGACUCCAGGACACCCCAACCCCCUGACUCUGGGGUUGACUCCAGGACACCCCAACCCCCUGACCCCAGGACACCCCAACCCCCUGACCCCAAGACACCCCAACCCCCUGACCCCAGGACACCCCAACCCCCUGACUCCAGGACACCCCAACCCCUGAU